AUGUUGACCUCAGUUCUCCGCCUCGGCAUCCUAGGCGCAUCAGAGACCAUCCAAACAACAAUCCUCCCAGCUCUCACAUCUCUCUCAAGCCUCUACAAGCUCACCAUAAUCUACGACCAGAAUGAAGCCCUUGCGAAACAUUGCCAAAAGCACUUCAACAUCACCUACAGCACCACCUCCGCCGAACACCUCAUAACCCAUCCAGAGGUAGACCUAGUGCUAAACCUCCUCCCCUUCGAAUUCCACGAGCAAUACACCAUCGCCGCCCUUGAGGCUGGAAAGCAUGUCAUGGUCGAAGUGCCCCUCAGCUUAAGCAUCCACGGUCUACGCCGCAUCCGCAUCGCAACCAAAAAAGGCAUGACCAACCGCUCCAACAACAAUCCCUACGACCCGCCCAAGAUCUUCGUCGGCUGCGCACAUCGCUACGCACCUUGCUUCACAGACAUCUUCAAAAAAGAACUCGCCACUCUGGGCCGCGUCUACUACGCGUGUUGCCGUAAUAUAUCUGGCCCCUUGCGUAUCCCUACCCAACCCUCGAACACGAGCACAAGCACGAGCACGAAUGAUUACGGAAUAACUACAAACAUGAACGCAAAUGGCAAUGCAGUUCCUGCUAGCCAAAACACAGCAAUAACAACACACCUCAAUAACCUCCUCGCAGACAUCUUCGGCGAAGAUCUUACACCAGACCGAAUCGCCUUCUGUCGAUUCCUAGGUAACCUAGGUUGUCAUGACCUAUCUCUAAUGCGGGAAUCACUCGGCCUCCCCGACGCAGUCGCUAACGUAGCGAUAACGGACCCGUUCUACUCUGCUAUCUUCCAUUAUAUGGAUUCGGAAUCUAUCUGCGGUUCUUCGGGGGAGGGGCAUCCGUUUACUGUUUUGUAUGAGACGGGUGUGGAUUCCGUACCGCGUUGUGAUGCGCAUCUUACUAUUUAUGGGGCUACGAAGACGAUUUCGGUGGAGUAUGAGUUUCCUAGUUUGGCGAGGCCGGUGGCUGUUGGGGGAGCGGUUAGGGUUGUUAUCGAAGAGGUUGGGGAUUGUUUUGAUAGGGAUGGUCGUCCUCGUGUGAAGAGGACUGAGGCUGUGAGCUCAGUUGAUGAAUCUUAUGAGCGCGAGCUCUUGGCUAUGCAUUCUUAUUUUGUUGAGACCGGAACUGGAGGUGAGGCUAAGACGACGGCUAAUGAUGCGCUGAUGGAUUUGCAGCUGUUGAAUAUGAUCUUUGAACAUUAUGAUCGGCAAUGUGGUACUAUUCGGACUCCUCUUGGCUGA